AUGAAAAAGUACAUUUUAUUUAUUAUAAAUUGCGUUUUAAUAUGUGGUUUUAUCUCAGCACAAUCUACAGUAAUACCUUCGUUUAUUCCAGUUAAUGAGGGUAUUCCGGAUCACGAGCUUUCACGUCUGUCCUUAGAAGUACUUCCAAUUAUAUCUCACAAGUUUAAAAUUCAGAUAUUCUCUGAUAGGAUUAGAAUAGACUCGAGACCAAAAUGCCAUCAAUCCCAAGGGUUUGACGGCAAGGACACAAUAAAAGUAAGUUUUAUCAUUUUACCAUAA